AUGCACCAUCCAUCGCAGAACGGGCACCAAGAGGUGGCAAACACGUAUUUGCGUCGCAACAAACCGCCAGCCUUGUCCCGACCUUUUCCCCCCGGUUUCACACCAGUUGAUGUCGAGCUAUCACCUUGCGCUCACCGAUCGAUGAAGAAGUCAGACUGCAGUCCUGUAUUUCUACCACCUGCAUUGCGCUCACCUUUGCCCCCACCUGAGGAAAGCUUGACGAUUGAAAAGCAACGGGCACGUCCCAAUCGCCUUGUGAAAACGCCCCCAGCACCGCAGCCAUCGCAAAGGAACCAAGCCAAAUUCAUCCCGACAAUCAGGCGAAUUUGUAACGCCACCCGUCCCAGCCAACGUUCGCCAAGCCAUUCCGUGUCAGACACAAGUUCUCCAUCUACCGCGCAUGGUCGCUCGGACCACAGCGCCUCUCAUAACGAGCGGGCCCAGAUGCCUAUGACGAAUCGACUGAGGUCUUUAUCUCAGCACAGCUCUAUAAAGAGCAGACCAAAACUGCGGGAUUUGAAGCCCUGCUCUUCUUCGGAUUCCUCCCAUGAAAACACGAGUGACAGCUGCCGCGAUAAGCCCAUCUUGUCGCAAGUGAAGUUGAUCGCGAAGACUAGCUUCCCGAGGAUCAGGUCCACUUCUACAAGUCUCUCUGGGUCCCCUAUCGAGCGAGCCACGCAUCCACUUUUACCUCGCCGUCCCCAAGAGCAAACGGAGAAUCGUUCGAAAUCCAAGCCCGAGUCGUCCUGUGCUCGACCUUCAACCCGAAAGCCUUCGCCUUCUUGUACUGGGAGGGGAAAAGUGGAUUACAUACCUCCUUCUUAUGUUUGCUUCAACUCCGAUGACGUACAUCAAACGGAAACGGCGCGGGAAGAUGAGCUGUUGAAGAAAUUGCCUGAUGAAAUGUUGGACAAUUGGGCAGGAUGGAGACGGGAGAUUCUCCUCAGCACGUGUGACUCGCCUCGUUCCCCUGAAACUUCAGUCUCACAUGGUGUAUCGUAG